CGGAAAAAAACGAGUAGAGUAGCGCCUCCUUGAAUCAGUUGUUUGUACCCAAGAGAGACAUCAGCAGAGAGAGAAAGGGAGAGACUAAUGAUGAGCACUGAGACUUUGACUCGCUCUGAGGUGUUUGGUCAGUUCAGGAAGGAUCUCUAUGGAGAGGAGAGGUCCACUCUUUCCAACACACACAUAUUUAUCAUCCUCGGAGCCUCCGGCGAUCUUGCUAAAAAGAAGAUCUAUCCAACUUUAUGGUGGUUAUUCAGAGAUGGUCUGCUCCCAGAUAACACCUACUUUGUUGGUUUUGCCCGGUCUAACCUGUCUGUGGAGAAUAUAAAGACAUCAUGUCUUCCUCAUAUGAAGGUUCUUGAUGAAGAGAGUGAGUGUCUCUCAGCCUUCUUCAGUAAGAACUCCUACCUGAGCGGCAGAUAUGAUGACAACAGCUCCUUUAACCAACUCAAUAGCCACCUGUCAUCGCUGCCCGGGGGGGCUGACGCUAAUCGACUCUUCUACCUGGCUCUGCCACCCACUGUCUACCACCAUGUGAGCUCAAACAUCAGGGCCCACUGCAUGAGCAGCAAAGGCUGGAACAGGAUCAUUGUUGAGAAGCCAUUUGGUCAUGACCUCCAGAGCUCUCAGGAGUUGUCAGCCCACCUGGCUUCCCUGUUCACAGAGGACCAGGUCUACCGCAUAGACCACUACUUGGGCAAAGAGAUGGUCCAGAACCUUAUGGUGCUCAGGUUUGGAAACCGUAUCUUUGGACCGAUAUGGAACAGGAACAAUGUGUCCUGUGUGGUUCUCACCUUCAAGGAGCCUUUUGGCACCCAGGGCCGUGGAGGGUACUUUGAUAACUUUGGUAUCAUUAGAGAUGUUAUGCAGAACCACCUCCUCCAGAUGCUCUGUUUGGUUGCAAUGGAGAAACCUGUCUCCACCAGCCCAGAUGAUGUGAGGGAUGAAAAGGUGAAGGUAUUGAAGUCUAUAGCCCCUGUUGCAGUGUCAGAUGUUGUGCUUGGCCAGUAUGUCGGGGACCCUGAGGGACAGGGUGACUCCAAGCUGGGGUACCUUGAUGACCCCACUGUACCAAAAGGUUCCUGCACACCAACAUUCGCAACUGCUGUGCUCUACAUUCAAAAUGAAACAUGGGAUGGAGUUCCUUUCGUUCUACGCUGUGGUAAAGCCCUAAAUGAGCGGAAGGCAGAAGUGCGCCUGCAGUUUACUGAUGUGCCAGGAGACAUCUUUGGUAAAUCCUGUCAGAGGAAUGAGCUGGUGGUGCGAGUGCAGCCAGAUGAAGCCAUUUACCUGAAGAUGAUGACCAAGAGGCCGGGGGGUUACUUCAGCCCAGAGGAGACUGAGCUGGAUCUCACCUACAAGAGCAGAUACAAGAAUGUGAAGCUCCCGGAUGCUUAUGAAAGACUGAUACUCGAUGUGUUUUGCGGAAAUCAAAUGCACUUUGUUCGGAGUGAUGAGUUACGAGAAGCCUGGAGGAUCUUCACCCCCCUCCUCCAUCAAAUAGAAGGAGAGAAGACACAACCCAUACCUUACACAUAUGGAAGUCGCGGUCCAAAAGAGGCAGAUGAUCUUUUAAAGAGAGUGGGAUUCUCCUACAAGGCAACAUACAAGUGGGUGCAGCCCCACACAACAUGAUGCCCUCUGUCACAUGCAUGCAAACAUUUCCACUAACAUGAAUACGUUUACAGACCAUAAAGUUUAUUCAUUGUUUGAUUUUGUCUGCAUGUACAAAAGCAAACCACUGCCUGUAUCUCCAAUCAUAGAGUGAAUGUGGAAAUAAAUAGUUGUAGAAGCAUCAUUUGUGUUCAAAUAAAUCAUUGUUCUCUC